AUGUCUCAUCACUUCCACGUUGGCGCUGCUACCGGGCAGCAUCUUCUCGAUCCAAUGUCACAGGGAAUCGGCAUCAUGAGGGAUGUUGUCUCGCGCUGGUCAGAACUCGAUAUCACACAGAUCGGAUCGCUCAUUGCUAUCGCCGGAACAGUACCUACAGCCUGGAGGUUUCUCCAUCGCAUAUGGCAUGAAGUCUAUGGUACAAUACGGCGUUUCUUUCUCGCAUCAGUGACCAUUCCUGGUGGCGAUCCUCUCAACAGAAGUGUUGUCAAAUGGAUUCUGGCUAACCGGGAACGACACUAUCGUUCAUUCCAUGGACGCACCGAUAUCGGACAGAAUGGAGAUCGCGCCGCAGCCCUGAAAAAGACAAAGCAUUCUAUCCAGUAUUCACCCCACUGGAACACAAGAUGGCUAUUUUAUGAGGGAAACCUGUUUCUUGUGACACGCAGAAUCGACGACUUCAGCUCUUCUUUAUCGGAUCCUAGUUAUGACGGUAUCGGAGGAGAAGAGAUCACUGUGAGCUGCUUUGGCUGGUCGGCUGAGCCCAUCAAGGCCUUUAUCGAAUCAUGCCGGGAGUAUUCAGAUCGGCAAACACAGUUUUUUGUGAUUAUCUACGCUCGGGAUCGCUAUGGUCUUUCGUGGAAACCAAAGGCACGGAAACCAAUUCGACAUUUAGAGACCGUUCACUUCGAUAAUGAGACGAAACAAGAGCUUCUUGGCGAUAUUCGAAAUUAUCUUGAUCCCAGGACACAGAAGAGAUAUCAGAGUCGCAGCAUGCCUUAUAGACGAGGUUAUCUAUUUUACGGACCCCCUGGAACUGGAAAGUCAUCGUUGUCAGUUGCAAUUGCCGGCGAGUUUGGACUGGAUCUUUAUGAAGUCAAGAUCCCUAGCGUUGCCACGGAUGCAGAUCUGGAACAGAUGUUCCAAGAGAUUCCUCCUCGUUGUGUCGUCUUGCUCGAAGAUAUCGAUGCAGUUUGGACAGAUCGUUCAAAUUCAGAUAACGGGCAAGAGGGAAGUUCUGCGCCUAACUGCACCCUUUCCGGGCUUUUGAAUGUCUUGGAUGGCGUUGGUUCUGUUGAAGGCCGCAUCAUCAUCAUGACCACAAAUCAUCCCGAGCAGCUGGAUAGCGCAUUGGUCCGACCAGGACGAGUCGAUAUGAAGGUUCUCCUGGGCAACAUCAGUCGAAAGUCAGCCGAAGAGAUGUUCAUCCGCAUGUUUUCUCCUGAUCUCGGAUGCACCUCGCAUCUUGAUAUGGAUGAGAUCAAGAAGCUGGCUACGGAGUUUGGGGAAAAAAUUCCUGACGAUACGUUCACGCCAUCGUUAUUACAAGGCUUCUUUCAGUUACAUUUGGAGAGCCCUCGAGAGGCUGCUUCAAGUAUAGGAGCUUGGGUUAAAAGGGAGCUCGAUAGGAGUUCGGAAAAGGAGUUUGAGCUUAUUACUGCUUGCACUGUCAAACGAAACGAACUUCUCAUCUACUCCAGUGCUUCAGCAUUAGCAAACAAGUCGCUCAUUAACAUAAAACACCAACUGAAAUACACACACCCCAAAAUGUGUAUACCACUCUUCAGAAAGAAGAAACACGAUCGGGUCUACGAUUACCAUCCACAACCAGCCAUGGGCUACUCAAAGAAAUACGGCUACAACAACUACGGAUACUACAACGGCGGCAAGAAGUCGCGUAAACAAGGCCGUCACUACGCCUCAGCUGCCGGUGACUUAGCAGGAGCUUGGGCCGAUUACAGCGGAGGAGGUCAUCAUGGAGGAGGCCACAGUGAUGGCGGCGGCGGCGCAGAUGGUGGAGGUGGAGGAGGCUGUUCAUAA